UGACUAGAUCAAGACUAUAAUCACAUUUGAACUUCAUUUAACAGAUAAAUAUGGGGCGGAAAUCAACAAAAGGGAAAGAAAGGAAAAAGAAACGAAAGGAGGAAAAUGCCAAGUACGAUGCAUCCCUGGCGAAAGUGGAAGCUGCGAACAAGAUACCAGACCCCCUAGAGUUAGUGGCACCUUUCAAAAAAUUCGAGAGGAAUGGUUUGAAGUUGAAAAUUGAGUGCAAAAAGGUGACUGGUAUGGAGAAAGAGCUGAUUGACUGGGCAUUUCAACUGACCAAGGCCAACAUGCAGAAAAUGUAUGAAGAGAGUGAUUGGGGAUGGAAAGAUAAGGAUAAAUACACAGAAAUGACAGAGGAGAAAGCCCAGUACCUGAUCGCCUCCGACGUCACAACUGGUAAGCCUGUGGCCUUCACUCACUUCCGCUUCGACAUGGAGUUGGAUGAGGAAGUUGUGUACUGUUAUGAAAUACAGUUGGAAACAGAAUGUCGCCGUAAAGGCCUGGGUAAAUUUUUAAUGCAGAUUCUGGAGUUACUGGCUUACAAGACAGAAAUGACUAAAGUGAUGCUGACUACAUUUAAGAACAACAAAGUCUCCCAAGAUUUCUUCAAGAAAACAAUGAAGUAUGAAGUUGAUGAGAUAUCUCCAGAAGAUCCAUUGUUUGAUGACGGCUACCAUUACGAAAUCCUCAGCAAAUCUAUUAAACCUAAAGCUAAACCCGCAACCACAGACUCGGUUACCACAACAGACGCACAGCCCGUCACAGCCAGCUGAUGAUGGGGGUUCAUAUCACAGUUUGUAACAGAGGGCUGUGUAGGGGAUUAAAUAACAGCUUGUAACUGCUGGCUCUGGAGGGGGGGGGGGUUAGCUCACACCCAGAUAAUGAUGGGGUGGGGUAAGGGGGAUGGGUUAUAUCUUAGAACUAUGAUGCUUUGAAUCAUAGCUUUUAACAUCAAGCUGAGAAGACUUUUAUAAAGAUGUGAAGAAUUGGCUCCAUUAUGUCCACAGACUCACAGGUUGUGUGAAGAAUUUACUGCAUAUAUUGAUAAUAUUUGAAUUUAUGUUUUGCAUAUUGAUCAUAAACAGUGUAGAAAAUGAUCAUGUUUUUGAUUUGUUACAAUGACUGCAGUACAGAUUGAUUUCUUUGUAAAUGAAGAAUACUUUUCCUUUUGAUAUACAUGAACUUAUUUCUGAUACAGUUUUCAAAAAUUUUCAAUGUAUUGAUAAUUCUCCAUAAAUUCCUUAUGUAACUGUCUUGAAUGUGUUUCAUAACUUAGCAUGUCUUUAUAAUACAAUCAGAGUGGAUUAAAGAAAAUGAACAUCAAUGCACAUCUACAUACAGUAACUGAGUGUUGAUUCUAAAAUUAAUAUUCAAGUCUUUGUGAUGCAUAAUGGGACUUGAAUAAACCACAUCAAAAACA